AUGAAGCUCUCCGGCUCAGUCCUCGCCGUUUUGGCGUUGGCUUCUGGUCGUGUAGCAGCCCAGACAGUUGAUCUAUCAGCUACCUCCGAACUCACAUUCAUAGGAGGUACGCGAACGCAAAAGGUCACCCGCCAAACCGGUCCUCCCACAGGCGCCUAUUCCACCUACGCCUCCAAGAUUACACUCACGGGCUCCAGUGAUUCCGAGUCGGACGCCUUCACAAGUACUCUCACAGGGCUCUUCCCAACCGAUAUCACAGACAGCACCACUGUCACCAGCAACCUGACAGAGACCGCGGGAACCACAACGACAAAUGGCACUUCGACCACUACAACAAAGGCGAAGCCUACAAACACCCAGCCCUGCAACAACUAUGUUGAGCUUUGCAAACGUAAAUACAGCAACAUUACCAUGAUUGGUUGCCAUAACUCGCCUUUCGUGAGGCCUGGAAACUCCGGUUCUAACCAGGAACUUGACGUUGAGACGCAGCUUAACGAUGGCGUUCGAUUCCUCCAGGCGCAGAUUCAAUUCCCCAGCAACUCCUCAGUGCCUCACUUUUGCCAUUCAACAUGUGAUCUCCUUGACGCUGGUCCUAUCACCGACUGGCUUGGCAGAGUCGCAUCAUGGGUCGAUAACCACCCCUACGAUGUUGUCACAAUUCUCCUCGGAAACGGAAACUACUCUCAUCCUGACCUUUACGUCCCUUACAUCCGAGAGAGUGGUAUCCUCAAGUACGUCUACCAAGCGCCGUACCUCCCCAUGGCCCUGGAUGACUGGCCCACUCUCGAACAGAUGAUUAUCCGCGGCAAGCGUGUCAUCAUGUUUAUCGACUAUGUAUCAGACCAGAAGAAGUACCCUUGGCUUCUCGAUGAGUUCACCCAGAUGUGGGAGACCCCCUUUGAUCCUCUGGACCGCAAGUUCCCUUGCAGCGUCCAGCGACCUCCGGACCUGAGCGAGAAGUCUGCCAAAAACCGCCUGUACCUCAUGAACCACAACCUCAACGCCGAGUUCAACGUCUUUGGUGCCGAGAUUCUCGUCCCGGCUGUGGCACUUCUCAACGAAACCAACAACGUCACGGGCUACGGUAGCUUGGGUCUUGCGGCCAACAACUGCCGCUCCGACUGGGGCAGGGCUCCCAAUAUCCUUAACGUGGACUACUACAACUACGGUGGUUUCCCAGGCUCUGUCUUUGAGGUUGCCGCGCAGAUGAACAACGUUACCUACGACCGUGACAGCUGCUGUGGUACCACAAGCCUAGCUCCCCGGACAUACCAGGCUGCAUCCAUGACAGCUCUGGUAGCUGCUUUGAUGUCGGCGUACCUGAUGUUUUAG